CUGCUGCUGCUGCUCAACAAAGAAAGCUGGUCGAAUUUAGCGCAACUUUUGGUUCAGUUCGGUUUUGUGCCUGGACGUGAACAGUAGUGUCCGCGAGAAGUGUUCUGCAGUCUCACCAAACUAUCAACUUUUUUCUUCAAGUGCAUUUCGUGUAUUUAAAAAACAACAACAAAAACAUUAAAAAAAAAAAAAAAAACAACAACUGGAUCUAACUGCAAAUUGUUAAUAACAAUUUAGCCCGGCGAACUUUGUGUUCCUGUUUUUUUUUUUCGGACUAUAAUGCGGUUUGGUUGCCAUUGCGCUGCAACCAAAGUUAAAGGCACCAAGACGGCAUCGCCAACGGCAACCACAAGGACAACGCCCCGCAUUAGGCAACGGCUUCAACGGCGCAUUGCGCGGCAGGACAAUGCGGAUAUGUGGUCCAAUCUGCUGUUGCCACUGCUGCUGCUUCACUUUGUUCAUCUGCAUGCCACACUGGCCAUGGCCACGGCCAGCGGCGGCUUGACUGUCAUUGAAAGCGCCAGCACCACCAGCAGCACCGCCACCACCACCACCACCACAACCGGCAGCAGCAGCAGGAGCAGUCACAGCACCACCACCACCACCACCACCAGCAGUAGCAGCAACGACAACAACAACAGCAAUAACAACAACAACAGUGGCAGCAACAACAGCGGCAGCAACAAUAGCCGCAGCACCACCCACACGACCCACACCACAGCCACCGGCAGCGCCAACAUUCACAUGGCCCUAGCCACAGCGCCCGUUGUGCCCGCUUCCAGCCAGAGGAAGCGGCAUCGCAAGCGGAACAGCAGCUGGUACGAUUAUCGCAACUACAACGAGAAUACGACGGCUCCUGAGUGGAUCAAUCCCUGCGGCGGCUCCUACCACACACCCUCGGCCACAGAGAGCCGACGCGCCCAGCGGCCCAAGCAGAUCUUCAAUCAAUUGAAGCGCGCCGCCGGCACGGAGUACCAUGAGCUGAACAGCACCGAGGAUCACAGUGGCAUCGACAUCAGAGACAUGCACAUGUGGUCGCUGCACAAAUACAAUUACAAAUUUCUGCCCAAGCUGAAGCCAAACUCAACGAUCGCCCUCAAGCGCUGGUACCGCAACAUGCAAACCUAUGUGGCUAGCUUCGCCUAUCUGCGCCGCGUCCAGAUCAACUGGGACCGGCAGUACCUGAAGCGGGAGUCGAACGUGGCCAAGGAGCUGAAGAAGCUGUUGCUCAGCUCGCGCAGCAUGCUCUGCGAGCUGGAGACAGCCGUGAAUCGCACCUAUCCGCCGCUGGCUCCGGGCCGUGCCGGCGCCGCUGCCGCCAAGCAGCGACGCCAGAAGCACGUCUCGCGCCACGACAUGAACAAGCGGCUGAAGCUGCGCAGCAAAACUCGCACCGGUGCCUGGGCGCUGGCUGCGGCGGCGGCUGCGGCUGCGGCGGAGACAACCACCGAAACGGCAGCAGCGGCCGCUGCAGCGGCGGCCAUUGGCGAGGCCGACGCCAUGGACAUGCGCUUCGUGAAGCAUCAUUACUAUGAGUUUCUGCGCACCAUGUGGCAGCUGAUGCGGCGCCACAGCAAACGGGAGCGCGAGCAGCAGAAGCCGCUGGAGCAGCGCCAACGACAGCGUCCGCACCACCACCACCACCAUCAACACCACCACCAUCAACACCAGCAGCAGCAGAAAAGGCAGCAGCAACAACAGCUGCAGCAACAGCAACAGAGGCGUGAGGGGGCGGCGCGGCAAGCGACAGCAGCCGCAUGCAGCAACUGCCACUGCAACAGCAACAGCAACAUUAUCCGCAUCAACGUCAGCGUCAGCGUCAGCGUCAGCGUCUACGUCCGCGUCAGCUUCAGCGUCAGCGUCAGCGUCAACGUCAACGUCACCGUCAGCAGCGAGCGCUGCUACACAGCAGCAGCGACACCUGCGCCGCGUGCUGCGCACGUGAAAACUCCAUAA